CGACUCGUUUUUGAACCGCUGAAUGGUUUGGACUGUGACAGCGAGUUUUAUUUCUAUACGUUCCACUCGUUUCAGUUUGAGUGUGGUUGUGCGAUGGAGAGGUUGUAGCGGUUGUUUAGAGGAUUGUUUAUGUUGCUUAAAAAGCAGCGGCGCUGACACGAUUUCGCGUACGGCGACCAGUGUUUUAAUGUACAUGGUCGGUGACUAUGGGUUACAUUAAGGGGCAGUUAUUCGAUAUUUAGUGCUGAGUGUUGUGAUCGUCGUCAUGUCGCAGUGUAAAAAAUUCGCUCCGAACAUAUUCCACAAGUCCAAAUGUUCAAACUGCUUCAGGCAGAAGGAAGAGCACUCGGCCGAGGCACUGGAAUGCAAUCGGGCAAGCCGAUCGAUUGCACGCAGCGGUUAUCUCUUCGUCGCUCCAGAUUGGGAUUUUUCCGUACCCCUCAACAGGACUAAGAGAUGGCAGAGGAGGUGGUUCGUGCUAUACGAUGACGGGGAAUUAAAUUAUUCGGUAGAUGAACAUCCGGAUACAAUUCCUCAAGGUUCCGUGGAUAUGACGAAAGUUCUCGAAGUGACAGGCGCCGAACAAGUUACGGGUCAUCCGCAUUCUCUAGCUCUGACGAGCCCCGACAGGGUUACUUUCGUCAAGGCUGCUAGUCGCGAGGACGCCCGCUGGUGGGCGGAGAUUUUGGCUGUUUUUCCCAGACGUCACAAGCGCAACGCCACCUUUCCUGGUGGCAGAGCCUCGCCCAGUUUGCCCCAAUUAGGACGCAGUGCCAGUCCUCAACCCCCCCGACCACGACAUUUGAGUGUGACGGGGCCCAGUCCGAGGGCCAAUUUCGAAACUCCCCCCUUAAAAGAGGAACGAGAUUCUCCCCCGAAAGACCAUUGCAGUCUAUCUAAGUUGAACGAUACAAUAGACGGUUUGGAGCCACAACUGAAGCACGAGGAGCGACAGGAAGUGGAUCUUUCAGUGUUGAGACCCGAUUGGGUACCAGAACGUACCCCUGUGGUGGCCAUUGAGACGAGUAUGGCUUCGAUCCGGAAAGAUUACAUCGUGAGUUCCGGUUCUCCGCCUACCCGGGACAAACUACGAUGUGACGAUAAAGCGCGAGCCCGAAGAGAUUGGCGGAACGAACGUUUGAGGGACAUAGCCACAGCGCUGACGGAUAGAUCGCCCGAAUCCAGCCUGGCAUUGCCCGCCGAAGGCCUGUUAAACCUGAAAAAAGGUUGGCUAUGGCUGCGACACGCGGACAGUGAGUGGGUGCGUCAAUGGGUGGUUUUGUGCGGUCCCACCCUGAACGUCUAUCAGGAUCAGAACGAGCAAGGCACUCCGGAACUUACUAUCGAACUCUCCUCCGUUUCCAGUUACUCGGAAGUACCCACGGACUCGAAAUACGGGUUCGAAAUCCAGUGGGCGGGCUCAACCGUCACUUUGAGCGCCGUUACUCAAGGGAUCCGGUCCAAUUGGCUUCAGGCGUUGAAGAAAGCCGCGCCCAUACCGGCGGAAAGCCCAGUCUCGCCGCCGACCCCUAGGUCGGUUUUGCUGUCGAGUGACGAAGAAUACAGGACCGCUUCCGAGGGCGGCAGAAGGGGUUCCGAAGAUUGGAACGAACUUCCGUCAUCUCCACUCCUGAAUAGGUUGCCGAUCAGGGUGAAAGAUAGGGUUAGAUUGAGACCCAGACUGCCCCGAUGUCAAUCUAGACAGUCGACUCUGGAUAGUACAUCUACAGACGAGCUAGAUUGUGCCAAGGAGAGCGUCGACACUGUGGACUUGCAUAACAGUAUCAACAAGAGCCAGGAGAUGAUCGGCGAUUUGCAGACACAGUUGGCGAAGUCUACGCAGGAGGUCGCACAUUUGGAGGAAGAAAUUGCGAGAUUGAAGAAACUUCAAUCGGAAGCCGCUAUUCGCGAGAUAAAAGCAAAAGAACUGCUCGCCUCGUUUGAACAGAACGAGCGCGAAUCCCACCAAAGGAACUCCCAAAUGGAGAUGAAGUUCGUUAAAGAGCAAAAGGUACUCCAGCGGCGCCUGGCGGAAGCCGAAGACGCGUCUCGCACGUUCGAGGAGAAAUACAACGCGCUUUGCAGGGAAUUGCAAACCAAACAAUUGCUUUUGUCCGGGUUGCAGGAGGAAUUGAUCGGCUCGCGCGACAGACUGGAGAGGAGCAAAUUGGAGAAUGAUAGGCUUUUCAAAAGGCUUCAAGAUAUGGAAAAUAAAUACUGCGUGAAAAAUAAUGGUUUGAGGAUAGAUUCACUAACGGAUCUAACGAACAUUGACUUGGACGUAGAUAUAGAGGAAAUGGGACCAAACGAAUUGAAAGAGUACUGUUUGGACUUGAAGUGUCGCUUCGAAAAAGCGAUAGUCGAAAUUAGGGCGAUCAAAAGGGCUUUAAGGGACUCGGAGGAGACCUGCGAUCGACUCGAAUUGGCGAAUCACAGCCUCAAGAGCAGUUUCGAGAUGCUAAAGCGGGACCACCGGUCGGAAGUGAAGGUCCUCGUCGGAAAACUGGAUCACCUAACAUCGAAGCUGGCUAGUGCCGAGAAACAGCUCCGAACCAAACUGAAAGCGGAAGCGAGGGAGAAGCGACGCUCGCUCUCCCUGAAAGGCAAAGAAAGCUUCUCAAUUACCAAAGAGGUGGAAGACAAAGUGACAGAGUUGGAAGCCAAAAUCGCGGCACUGGAGAAAGGCAAAAAUGGCAGAAGAAAGUACAAAAGGGAUAGAAGUAACGAGCGUAGUUCGCCUAUAGACGACAGGGCUCUGAGACGGCUGAGGCGUAAGAGUUUGGACAGCGCGACUUCUUCCGAACCGAUGAAACUUUUAAUGAGGCUCAGUUCGUUAGAAACCAAAAUUCUCAACGCGAACGCUUCUACCGAAUCUUUGAAUUUGAUCAGUAGCGGCAGCGUUUCGGACUUGACCAAGCUGAAAGAGGAACACUGUAGCGAUUUGGACUACACGCUGGCCUCGGCCAGAGGUAAGGUAGUGGAGUGUUUGCACGCUCUGAAUUCGCUUAAGAGCAAACGAUUGUCACAGAGCGCGGACAGGCUCGCCUCGUUGGAGACCACGCUAAACGAACUGAACCACAUCCUAAGUUUGGUGGACCCAAGCCUUAGCACCGGCGAGACGUGUGUAAUACAGUCAUCCGCCGAAGCCGUGGUCAAGCAACUACAGACUGUAUUGUUAGAGAAACUGUCGAAUUUAGCAGAGAAAAAAAGACUGUUGCUGGAAAGCGGCCGUCUGGACGCCACCGCACGCUUAGAAAUUCUAGCCGAGAAGAUAGCGUUCGAAAACAUCCUGGUCCAUAGGAUUCAAGAAGCGUUGGGUUCGCCCGCAACGGGAGAAGCUGUCUGCAAGCGAUUGAUAGACAAAGAGACGAAGGAAACCGCCCAUCUUCUUAUAGCGUUGCAGAAUAAGCUGAACGGGUGCGGUACGAAAGAACCGCCCGUUUGCAAGACCGGCGCCGAGUACCUUUCCAGAAUACUAGCCAAGUGUCUGAUAUCGGCCAGCAAAGGAUUUAAGGCGUGUAAGAAUUUCGUCGCCCAUUCCGGACCUGGUAUAGACAUUCUCCUAGAGGAGCAACAAAAAUUAGACGCGUUGGUAGAGUCAUAUAAAGCCACCAAAUUACCCCAGUUGGCUGAUACGUUGGCCAUGGAAACGUUUGGGCUCUCGCUGGAUAAGUCUUGCAGGUUGAAAGAAGACACCGUUCGAGAAUUCACUGUGUACGCUUCGGAAAUCGUGAACGCCGAACUGAUUCAGUCGGAAAUUAACCACGUGCUGCUCAGGGCCGCGCAGAUGUACCAAUCGAACGUUGAAGCCGACCACGAAUGCUUUUUUAGCUUUUUCGCGUCGGAACGAGCCGCAUUGGAACUGUGGUCGGACUCGGUCGCCGAUUGUCUCUUCGACGGAAUCACCAAAAACAUAGACCAACUGACGGACCUUUACCGAAACAGCGUCGGGAAGCUGCAGAGGCAAAAUUGGAGACGGCGCCUCGAAUCGGAACGGGCCAGUAGGACCGCGAGCAGUUUCCUUUGCGAAUUUGCGGACAUCGUGGCCCACAAGGCGUUGAUCGACGCGCGGAUCAACGUUUUAAGCGGGAAAUACACCGCGCCAGACUUGCGACUGGACAAAUUGGAAUCGAGGAGUAUGGAUAAUUGGCUGGAGAACGAAAAAUGUUGGAUGUAUUUGGAGAACGAGUCGCCGGUACAAAUUGACCAAAGCUUGGAGUCGGAGUUCACGUGUAUGCUAGAGAGGUACGCGAAGGAUUGUUUCGCAUUGAUAAGGAUGCCGGAGUUGGACGACGUAGUCAGUUGUCUGGAUGAGCUGGGGGAGAAAGUGGACGAGUUGCGAAGUUGUCUCAAGUUACCAGAGCAGAUAAAUAAUACUACGGUGAAUGGUUGGACUGAUGUCUGUUUGAGGUGUCGCAAGUUGAGGGAUCAUUUGGAAGGCGUCAGGAGCGCGUUAGGCAAAAUGGACUCUUUAAACAGAUGCGGUAGCGGUGCGUUAAGCGCCGACCAAAGGCCGGUAUACCUGGGUACUGAGUACCUGAGCCAGGUCGAAAACCUCCGAGCCGCUUACAGAUGCGCUCUGGCGUCAUGCAAGGAAAGACACCAAGAGUCGGAUAUUCAGCAGUUGCAGCGGCUGUGCGAGAAGGUGCUGAGUUCGAUGGAGCAAUGGCACCGCAGGACGAUACAAGAACUGAGAGAAGCGCACGCGCGUGAGGUGGAAACGCUCAAACAGGAGAAAGAACAAGCGCUAGCGGAAGAGACUCAGGCCACGUUGGCGGCUUUGGAUGCCAUGAGAAAAGCUCACGUUGCCGAGGUUCAAAGGGAGGUGGCGCGAUUCAAGCAGGAGUUCGCGCGGCAGCAGCGAGAUGAAAUCAUGGACUUGUCCGAGCGCUUGUCAGUGAAGUCGCUCGAGGCAGCGGCGCUUGAAGAGCAGCUUGGCAGCGCGACCAGACAACUGGCGCACGCGCAGCAGCACAUACUGCGGCUCGAACGGAACCCCCAGCUCUCGAUGCAGAACUGACGGCGUGUGUCCGUGGAAAAGCAAACCUACUAGUCUAACAAGCCUCAAUACGUAUACCAGUGAAUUAUUAUUAACCCUUACUUAAGUACAAUAUUUUUAUUGCGAUUUACAUUAACGAAUGUUGCCUUCACCGUUGUGUACAGAUUCAUGCACCCCCUCCUCGUUUUCUUGUGCUCUCAACGCGCGCGUCAGCAUCGAGGUCGUGAUCAACAUGAAGGCGAACCAAUGUACUGAUUUUUUUUAUUUUUAAACGAAAUGGCACCCUGAUCGUUGGCGCGCGCGUUUUAAUAUUAUGUCCUCCCGCAAUUUAUUUAUUUUGUGUACCUCACCCAGCAGUGUUUUUACCUAAUCUGGUGUACAAAAAGUAACAGUUAAUUGAUUUUUUGUAACA